AUGGCUGGAUCCAGGAAUUUUCUUGUUGUCUUUAACGAGACCGAUAUAUCAACAUUUGAUAAUCGAUUGAAUGAGCGCAAGCACAAAUGGAUAAAUGAAGAGAUUGUCGACAUAUGCUUUGCUUCGCCGAACAUUGGCUUUAUUCUUCUUACCGAAACUCGAGUUUUCGUAUUUUCGGCUAGAAAUCAAGAGCACGAGUGUCUUACAGCUAUUCAGAAAAUGGAAGAUUACAAAUUUUCAACUUGUACGUCGAACCAACAAUCACUUUUGCUUGCGUAUAAAAGACCUGGUACGCCGAUCGACGAAUGGCACAUUGAUUCCUGGAAACGUGUAACACGAUACAGAUCGCCUGAUACAUGCACUAACGAUGAAUAUAUCAAUUGUCUUCGAUACGGCUCUGAUUUGUCCAAAUUGGGUAUGACUAUUUACGGAUCUCAUCGAAUACGAUUCGAAUUGCGCGAUAGCAAAAUGAAUUGUCUCCAGCGUAUACCUGUUUGUGAAACUGGUUGCUGCGGUUUUAUAUCAAUGCCCGGCGCAAAAUGGCUCCUUAGCGAUGGACAUUUUUUGUACGUUAUCACUGAAGAUGGUAGCGUAGAAAUAAUCGAACGUCAAUCUGUAGACGCAGCCUAUAAUGAUACUGGUAAUGUAACGGUAUUUGCGGAUACGUUUAUUGUGCUUCGAUCACGUAAAGCUUUGUAUUUCUACGCGAACAACGUUUAG